AGCAAGAGGAUGCAAUGUGUUGCCUCUUGACAAGCGUCUCUCGGCUGUUAACAAGACACUGUGCUUUCGUAAAGCCUACUUUGGGGUGCCAGAGCUUGGUGACCAAGAAGCGGCCAAUGCAUUGUUGGGAUUUGUAGAGCGAAUCAAGGAAACACUGGCCAUACACAUGCUAAGGCCAGAUCCCAAGCGUCAGCCAAGAAUUGGACUGGCUCUACCGCUUUUGCACUUUACAACAAAUCAUGUGCUACCAGACUACAGACGUACAAUUGCCAAGAAGAUCUCCAGUUUCGCAAAAGCCGUGGAAAUUGACUACAGUCGCUUGUCACUAAAAGAACAGGUGAUGCAGACACAAGACCUGGACGUGGUACUUGUAGCCGGCGGCGACAUGGUUUCACUGUCCAGUGCCCUUUACCUACCACCAUGGGGAGUGGUCGUCAUGUUUAACAAAGAAAUGAGCGGCAAGAAGAAGGAAGACCCCCUUGAGCAUCUUUUGGAAUCCCGGGGCGUGCUUCUGACAGCGAGUGCGUCUAUGGAUGCUGGCAGAAGCCUCAAUGACGUCCCAGUGUUUGGCGACAACACAAUCUCGGAUAUCGAACACAUCUUGCGCAAAGCAGUAGCCAUUGUUCAGCAUAACCUGCAGAAACUCUGACAUUAGACACUGAAUUUCUUGUCCUGUGCCUAUGUAGGCUACAGUAAGUGCUCAUGGCAAGUUCGGUGUCUGGAUAAAUUGCGGGAGGAGAGCCAGCACUUUAAUAUUUUACCCUGUUGGUGUUAGUUCAAAGCUGAAGAAAGCAUUGGGAAAAUCGAUGUCGAAGAGCCGACUUGCAGAACCAAAACUCACAAUUUGUGCGUUACAUUAGCAAUGCUCUACCAUUGGUCUACAUAAUCUCUUCCCACAUUCAUGUAUUUAAGUAUGCAUUGAAAAUCCGACUUAGGGUUGCUGGUUUUCCAGUUUAUUAUAGGCAUGCAACAAGGACCUUAGAGUUCAGCAAUAUUUCGUACUUCUCACGGCCUGUUGUUUCUGUGCAAUAACGUGUUUGGACUUCUUAGCUAGCUACAACUGUUCUAGCUGUCAUAGCUUGAACUAUUCAGCUAGUUCCGGUGUAAUAAUAUGUUUUUUUUUUCUAGUUUUGAAGUAAGUUUAUGUUCACGAUGGCACUGUCAUUAAUUUUAUAUGUGUUUCCAGACUAUUACCCAGUGCAAGUAUCAAUCUAGAGAGACCCACAUAUGAUGCUCCCUGCAAGGAACUUUUACUUGCUUUGUCACCACUAGCGUUGCCUUAUUUUUUGUGAAUCAGGGAAGUGGCUCGUGUUCGGCUGCUGCAACCAGUUCUUGAAACAAAUUUUCAGUGUCGUUUCAGUGUAGCGCUUGAACUAAACCGUGGCAUUUAGCAUGGCACGGCUGCUCGGCAGGUUAUCAGCGGUGCUGUAGUUCACAGCUCUGCAACAGUUCUGACCACCCAGGGUACUUCGUAUAUGCCGCAAUAUUUAAUCAGCAUAUCACUCUCCUUUUGGUGCACAAAUUGAUGCCACAUUUCAUCCACUGAAUCUGACUCAGUUUGUGAAUCACGCAGACCCCUCAAUCUCAGUUUGCCUUUCCUUAAAACAAUAAACUGAGUAGAAAUGAUUGUGGUAGUGUUGGCAGCAGGAAAAGAGAGUAUCCACCUUGCAAUAGAACUCAUUGUUACCUGCAUAAUUUGAACUUUAAGACAUCUACAUCUAUGUGUUCACACAUGUGCAUUACUCCUGAAAACAAAUUGUGUUGUGUCUAGAAGACAGAAAAAUGUGAACACUAGGUAAAAGUGAUUAUGCCAUUUUUUUUUUCUUGUGAUCUGUUCUAUAUAACGAGCAUACACUGAUGUAACCUCAUCCUCCAAAUGCCCAUUAGAGUGAUUUUAACUCUGAGCUGGAGGGCUUGCAUCUUCUGCCUUAAGAUACGGGUUUCUGUUUUAUUCUACACUAUCGCUUGCUGUGUAUACACCGAUCAAGUUAGUUGUUUUUCAUCUAAAUGUCAUGUGUGUUGGUGAGUGCAUAUGUAUACAUCCACCUAGUUAACUGCUUUUAUCUAAGUGUCAAGUGUGUUGGUGAGCGCAUUUAGCACUUCUCUUAUUUUUACAGUCCUCAGGCAGUGUCUACACGAGCAGCAUAUCUCAGGGAUUUUUACACCCAUGACUUUGUGCUCAGAACAGAGAGAUACGCAUUGCGACUAAGGAACAUCUUUACACUUCCUUGGGCACAGUCCACGAUUCAUUGGGACCAAUCUUUAUACUUGGAGCAAUAAAUGAAACUCGUAUGCUUGU